AUGAAAAUCGCAGCUCCAAAAUUUCUUUUCCGUAUACAACGUUACGAUAUCAUUCAAAAGAAUUAUCCUCAACUUAGUGGGUAUGUAAUGAUAUAUUUUUUGUGUUCAAAUUUCAACUCAUAAUUCUAUAGUUUGUCUUUCGUUGUGAACGUGAACAUUUGCAAAUGAAAAGUUGCUCUAAAUUGGUUAUAAUCUAUGCUUCGGAAUUAAAAUGGAACCCACAUCUCUAUGGCUUGUUUCUUCUUCAGCAAGACCAAGGACAUACUUAUUUAGAGAACGUGAUCAUUAAUUCAGCUAAAGAAAAUAACCAUAUAACCCACAUGAAUUGAAUGAAAGAUCGAUCAGAUUACUUUAUUAAAAAUUUGACAAUUAUAUAAGAAAAAAAAGUAUUAUUUUAUGGAACAUUCAACUUUUAUAUGCCAUGCUAUCUAUGUUUUUUUUACAUUAAUAAUUGGUAACGACUGCGCAUUUUGUAUACCUUUGAAAGUAUUUGAGAAACGAGAAUAACAGUAACAAAAAUAUUAUACACUUAAUAGAUAUAUGAGGUAAAAGAUAUUUUCGAGAAAGUAACAAAUCUGAGACAUUUUAUUUUAUAGGAUAAUAUAACUAAAGUUUAUAUUACAAAACAAGUAACGCUCGUCGCUGGGACUCGCUUAACCCUCGACUGAAUAGUUAAGGCUAUUUGUAUAGUGUUUCAUUUUUGCGGAGCCCCUAUGACCGAAUGGUUCAGUUAUUUGGUCCGUACUAUCAGAUACCGU